GCGUUUGCUUGUGUAUGAGUGUAAGUGUGCAAACAUGUAUAUGUGUGUGUGUGUGGGUGCGUGUGUACAAUGGCGAAAUUGGCUGUCAUGGGGUGCAGUAAUAACAGAAGCAAGUACAAAGAACAACAAUAAUAGCAAUGGCAAAAGUUUAAUGAGUUCAAGUUUUAUAAAUGAAAAGACAGGUAGGCGUCCUUGUAGCACAAAUCCCAAUCAGACGUAGCCGGCACGCUACGCGCCACAGACGUUGUCCUGGCCAAGCGGCAUGAAGCCAAAUGCAGCACUGGCGAAAGGGGACGCCGACGAGGAUGGCGAUGGCCAGAAGAACGAUCACUUCGAAGGUGAUCCACGUCCAAUGCCCUACGCAUUCGAAAAGGAGUUAAUUAGCAAGUCCAAUCAACACAUACGCAUCUCUGAUGUGUUUGGGCCCCCAAGCAAAGUAUAUCCAAUCACUUCCAAAUUUUACGCCAAAUACGAGCAGCAUUCGAUUUCAAAGGCGCAGGCGCAACGUCACCGGCUGUUCAAUUCGCCACCGGAUUAUCCGUUACUGGAAUCACAGAUGUAUGGCUGGAUACCGCUACAGUGCCGAGAGGCUGCCACCUAUUUAAAUUGUUUACAUGCACCAAAGCGGCGCUGCCGUAUGACUAUACACGGCGAACAAAUUAUAGCAGGGCGAAUUACUGAACGGCCGCCGUACAAUGGUUUACAAUUCAUACUACAUUAAAAUGUGUACACUUAGCAAUAUGUACCAUGUACAAAUAAAACUGCAAUUUACUUGCAAAUAAUUGUCUAAUGAA